AUGGCCGACAAAACCGCCGGUGCGCCUGACCUAGAAGCGCACCCCCAGCAAGGGGACCAAGUGUCGCAACAACCCCAAAAGCAACGAGCGACCUUCGCUCAGCGCUGGACACAAUCCGUCGAUCCCACCUACGCGGACCUCAUCUGUCUGCUCCUCGCCCUGACCACAGGCCUCUGCGACAGCAGCGCCUACAAUGCCUGGUCCUGUUUCCUCGCCAUGCAGACGGGAAACACCAUCUUCCUCGGCCUCGGCGCCUCGGGCCAACCAACCAGCAAACCGUGGGGCUGGCUCAAGUCGCUCACCUCCAUCGCCUCGUUCUUCAUCGGCGCGCUGAUCUUCUCGAACGUGACGCGUCGCACGGGCGCCCGCCGCCGCGGCACCCUCGUCACCUCCUUCAUGGUGCAGACCAUCCUGAUCGUCAUUGCCGUCGCGAUCAUUCAGGCCGAUCUGAUCCCGCAUACGGUGGAAGACGCCGCGCUGACGGGCGGCCCGCUCUUCCUCGAGCUGAUCCCGAUUGCGCUGCUGGCGUUCCAGUCUGCGGGCUCGAUCACGUCCAGCCGCGCGCUGGGGUAUAAUGAGAUUCCGGCGGUUGUGCUGACGAGUGUGUACUUCGAUGUUGCGUCUGAUCCGAAGCUGACGGCUGCCCCGGCGUCGAAUGUGAAGCGGAAUCGGAGGAUCGGAGGGGCGGUGAUGUUGCUUGUUGGGGCGAUUGCGGGCGGGUGGUUGAGUCGGAGCAGUGGCGGGAUGCAGUCUGCGCUGUGGAUGGCGGCUGGGUUCAAGUUUGUGAUUGGACUGGGGUGGUUGUUUUGGAAGGCUGAAGGGAAGUAA